GAGUGUUUGGAAAGGAAGAAAAAAGGCGAAUUACCUACUGGUCCACUGUUUCAUACAGCUAAGGCAACUGGGUUUAAAUUCGUGUCUGAAAUGCUUGUUGCAAACACUUCUAAGUAUAACGAGAUGGGAUCCAUCAUGGAGCAUGAACAUGUUAGUUGUUCAAGUUUUGAUGAAGUUCUAGCUUGCAAAGGUGCUUCACCCAUGAAACCAAUUGCGUCGGAGAAGGACCUUGUAGUAUUUCUCUCGGGGGAAGUGGAGAAGGAAAACUCUUUUAACAGUAGUUUACAGCUUGACCCUGUAAACACUCAGAGGAAUUCUACCAAAAUAUCUAAGAAGACAGCGCGUGAAGAAUUAAAGGAAAUAUCUAAUGCAAAGAAUGGUGAUAGUGCUGGCAAAAGGAAGAGCUACAAAGAGCGUAAAAUUUGCCAAGAAGUUCGAAAUGAGGAAAAAGGGAACGCAAAUGAUGACACCAGAGCUUGUAGCAAAGUCUCUGAAAAGGAAACAAAGGCUCUUGAUUUGAAGAAUGGAGAGGCUGAGGCCAUGUUACGAGAAUUGAUACGUAAGCAAAAUUUACGUCGAGGGCAAAACAACUUGGUGGUUCAAUUUCAAAUUAGAGUGUUGACCUUGAUAUUUAAUGAUUCAGAGAAUGAGUGUCCAUCCUUGACUGCUAGCAAUGGAAGUAAUUCAUGGUUGAAAGCGUCGAAAGAUUUAAUAGCUGAAUCUGAUCAUAUAAUAAAGGAUUUUCCUUUGGAUUGGCUCGAAGAAGGUGCAAGUAGAUAUCACAACUUGGAUUUGUCUAGGAAGCUUAGGAAGCUCACUUUGCUGAAAUUUUCUCUGUGAUGAAGCUUUAGGCACUGAGUAAGUGUGUCAAGUAUAUAAGAAGAUAGCUUUCUUGUGCAUUUUGCUUUUGUUUUAUUGUUUUACCACUUUUUCAAUUCUUUUCUUUUCCAUGUUGUCUUCAUAAUCUUGUUUUGAAGUGGUUGGAAAUGUUCUUAAUGUGUACAGAAAAUUGAGGUGUUGUAUUGAAGAUCAAAAUGCAAAACAUGCAGAAGAUGUGAAAGAAGCAAAAAUCCAAGGUUGCUGAAGCUGUGGACAAGGUAAUAGCAAGCAAGGUUUUACGUUCUUUGUAUCUGGAUGUUUUUUGCUCUUAUAUUGUAUUUGUAAUUUUAUAUGCAUCCUAUUUAUAGGAGAAGGGUCUUAGGAAGAAAUUGCAGUCUGAGACGGUUAACGGUAUUAUGCUAAAGGUGACUCCACUUCAAAUGGAGAAGCAUAAUGCUCUACUUGCUGAGGUGUUUUAUUAUCAUAUGAUGAGGUUUUGAUGCCAUGAGAAUAAAGCUCGAGUUUGUGGACAAUGAUGGAAAGGUGUUUUGGAAGUUGAAAAGUCAUAAUGAUGAAAGCAGUGUUCUUUUGCAAGAUGUGAAAAUGCAAGAUGAAACUGCUUCUUCAUCUGAAGAAAAAAUGGUUUGUCUAUGGUCCUGAGAAGAAGGAAGAGGUUGAUAAGUAUAUUCACUCAAGGUGAGUAAGAGGAUUGGUGUUGUAUUUAUGAGACUUAUGUAAAUUUAUCUAAUAAUAUUGUGUUAAAGUGUGUUGCUAGCAUAUUUGUAGCUUGAUUUAUAUUUUAUUUGUUCUGAAUAUGUGGAUAUGAUUAACAUCGUGGAAAGUGUUUUGUAGGUAUUGGUGGACAUCUUUCUAUGCUCGACCAUUUUUGAUUGAGAGUUGAGUAGGUUCCCCCGUUUUUUGUAUUCUUUGUAUAAAAGGAAGCAUUAUUGUGAUAUACAAUCAUGUAGUACGAUUGUAAAGUUGAUGAUAAUGCUAAACCUUGAAAAA